AUGAAAUAAUAUAAUUCAAUCCCAAAAAUUGAGUCAAAGCUUAUUGGAGAUACACUGAGAUUUCUAAAGACUCCAGCCUAAAGAAACAGCUACUUGAAGACUCUAGUCAAAUAAAAAGAAAAGUAAAAAAUAAUAGACGAAAAAUAAUUGAUUCAAUAAAAACAGCAGGUUCUUCAACACAGCAAAAAGAAAUUUCUUUCACUUCUCAAAAGCAGAAAUACAGAACUAUCAUUCAUGAAAUUUAGACCCAUUCAAAAACCUCUAAAUUUAUUAAGAAUGUGUGCCGAAUUAAAAAUAUCAGACAGAAUUUCCAAAUCUGUUGAAAUUGAUGAAGUAAUCGAGUCUAAACCUUCUAGUAAAUCAAAUAGAACUAAGCAUAGUUCAUCAUAAAUUUUUGAUCAAUCAGUUCAUGUUCAAUAGUUUAAAGAUGAAAGUACACCUAACAAAAGAGGAACCUUAUAAUUCCUCUCCACAUAAUAAUUAAUUAAAACUACUGUUCCUCCUUAAAUUAAAGCAGAAAAAAAAUCAAAUCCAUCUUCUGCAGCUCAAUCACCGAGAUAAAAAAUAAGAGUCAGAAAAUUACCUUUAAAUGAAUUAGAGACAAAGCUAGAGCAUUUAAAAUCUAACUCUUAGGAUCCUAAUGUUUAAACUGGAAUUCUUUGUAGGGUUCCAAGUCAAAUGUAAAAACACAUUUUGCUUAUAUUUUAGACUAAUUCGAAAUGGAAUACUCUUGCCAACGUAGAAACAUUAAUUGAAGAUACCGUAACGGAAAGAAUGUUUGGAAGAUGA